UAUGUGUGAACCAUAGCCAAGGCCGUGUGGCAAGAAAUAAUUUGAAGAAAUAUAUAUUGAACUAAAAUCGGAAGAAGUGGGGCACUUAUUUCAAAGCAGUUGCUUAAAUGAAGUAUUAGUAUGGCCAUUAGAGUAGUGAUAUUGAAAAUGUGCUCGGAACGCUAUUCGCGGCACAAGUACUGUUAACUAGGCACAGGAAUAGGUUAUGACUAUGUGUAAUUUCUGGGUUCCGUAUGAGCAUAUUGUUUAAUAAUUCACACUGCUUUACAAUUAAAUUUUUGUUCCCGAUUUGGUGAGGUAAUUUGCUCGGUUCGGAGAAAUAAUUAUUUUUGCUCAGGAUUUCCAUAGGACAUGAAAAUAUUGUUUUUAACCAUAGCAGAUUUGUUAGAUAUAAGUAUGUGUACAAGUUUCGCAGAUCUCGGUAAUGAACUAAAUACAAGACCGCAAAGAUAAUGCACACAGAUUUUCGUAUCACACCACAAAUUGAAAAGUUUGAUUGCACAUCAUGGUGCAGACAGUAGUUGGUUUGUUACAUUGUCGCUCAGUUCUGUCCAGAACUUUGCUCCAACAGGCAAGGCGAGCAGCACCUCUUAAUUUACCUCACCUUCGAUGGUUGUCUUCAAAAGAGAUUAUGCAGCCCUCGGCAGUAGACACUCAAGAUUUCUUGUUACAUGAUAUAAAAUCCUCCACAGACACUACAAGAGUUAUGCAGAUUAUAGGGGCCCAUUACACAAUCAUGAACAACAGACAUAUUAUGCAGUCACUGAAGAGCCUCUUUGAUUUAAAAAAGUCAGGAAACUGUAGUAUGACAAAGCAGCAGAUUAUUAACAGUCCUGACUUCAUCAAACUUUGUAAACGUCUGAAAUCACAAGCUAGAGGUAUCAGUCUUAAUGAUACAAUAGAAGCAUUGAAAGUUGUGUCAUAUGUUGGUGUUCCUGCAAAUAGUACCAUUGUUCAGAUUUUGCUGCAGCUUGUUCGUCAUCGGAUCAAUGAUCUGUCACUACAUCAAAUCAUCUUUCUAGAAUUCAUGAUGAGAAACUUUGAGAGAAGUCCUCUAGUGGAUGCAUUACGAAUUGCUUUUCCUUUAGUGUUUGAAGCCCAGCUAAGUCUAAAAAUGGCUUAUGAUGAUGUCACAAGUUUGGCUGAGCUUCUUCAGUAUGCCUGUAAGAAACGCCUUUCAGACUCCUCCCUCAACAGUAUAAUUGAGUCUCUUGAAAAACUUUCAGAGGAUAUAAAUGUGAAAACAGCUAAAAGUGUAGUGUGGUCAUUAUGUGAACUAAAGACACCAUUACCAUCACACCAGGCACUCUUAACCAAGUGUUGGGAUGUUUUAGCUCAGAACAUAGAGGAGUGUUCAUAUGUAGAAAUUGAGGAUCUUCUGACCUGGAUGAUGAAGAAAAUUUCAGGGAAACAUACACAUUUUUAUCAUGAAGGUUUUGCUGAUAGUUGCGCAAGAUAUGUGGUGGCUAAAGACUGUGGCUUUGAAGAAGGAACCUGGGUUCUAAGAAAAUUAACAAGAAUAGGUCAUAUAAAUAUUAGUCUUAUUGACUAUAUAGCAGAGAAAAUUGUAAACAACCCUCAGAUCUUGGAAGAGUGCAGGACUUCAUCUUUUUUUAGUGUUGUAUCAGGAAUGGCUAAUGCAGGAUACAAACCAAUGGGCUGGAACUGCAUACAGGAAGCUCUCAUGAAGAACAAGACUUUGAUUAGAAAGGAUAAAAUGGAAUUGCCAUGGAUCAGACUGGCUCUGGACUUUGCAGUCUUGGAUAUAUUUUGUCCAGAUCUUCUUCAGUAUAUCUUUGAGAAGGAAUUCUUACAACAGUUUCUUUCUAGAGAGUACAGUUUGUUAGAUCAUCUACAGUUAUUGUUACUGUAUCAGGCUGUAGUAACAUUGUAUCCUACAUAUUCAGGGGUACUUCCACCACAGAACAUUAUUGAUAUGGUGAUAGCACACAAUGGGGACCACAUGCAGAACUUCCCACUUCAGGCUGCUAUGGAGAAAGGAAUGGGAGGCACAUCAUAUGUUUGGACUAGACUUCUUACCAAACUUGGACACUUCAUAGAUCAUCUUGUAGUGAUGCGGAAAGGAGGGUAUCCAGUGGCUUUGAAUCAAAUUGCCAGCAACUCUGCUUUAAAAACAUACGUGGAAGAUCUGUUGGUUCCUUCAGACAGUCAAAUAAUCCUGGUACUUUGUAUGCCUGCGAGUUGCUAUGCUAUCAACUGCCAAAGAUUGCGAUCAGUGCCAUCUCUAACACUGCGCACUUUGGAAGCCCUUGGCCACUCUGUGGUUCCUGUAUCUGUGCAACAUUGGAUGAAUCUGCCAGACUAUGAGAAAAUACCAUAUUUAAUGCAAAAUAUUAAGGUCAAGUGUGAAUCUUUGGAUAGUAAUGAAGCCAUUGUGCAUUAGACAUUCAGUAAACCAGUAAUUAUUUAGCAGCCCAAGAUUUUUUAUGAGCUUUGAAACACUUGAUUGUAAAUGCCACUGUUCAUUUGCUACAAGAUCCUAAAUUACAAAUUAAGUACAUGUGAAUCAAAGGAUAUGUGAAUGAUACUGUGUGUGGUGUUUCUGUAAAAUAUUACCAACAAAUAAAUUACAGUUUCAGCUAGAAA